ACACUGAGAAAAAGAGAGGAAAAAAAAAAGAGACAGUUCUACUUCUUCUACUUUUUCUGCUACUCACUGUUUUUUCUUCUUCUUCAAGAUCCAGAAGAAUUGAAGAAAUUAUAAGGUUAUAGAACAAUGGCGGUUUCUUUGAGGUGUUUAAGCUUAUGUAUGUUCACCGUGUUACUCUUUGUUACAGUUGUAAUGGCUCAUGUUGAAGUAGAGAAGAAGGAAAACCCUGAUUUGAGAACAAACACAGGUCAGAGCUCGAGAAUAAACACAACAAUGGCGGAUUUAAGGCCAGAGGAAACUGAAGAAUACUGGACCCAUGAACAUGCAGUGUCGGAUCCUGAUGAAGUUGCUUCUCAAGUAGUUAUGACUAUACGUAAUAGUACUGAAAGGAGGAACUUGGGCUAUUUCUCAUGUGGAACUGGCAAUCCAAUUGAUGAUUGUUGGCGUUGUGACAAAAGCUGGCACAAAAACAGGAAGCGUCUUGCAGACUGUGGUAUUGGAUUUGGGCGUAAUGCUAUUGGUGGUCGUGAUGGACGUUACUAUGUUGUCACUGACCCAAGUGAUCAUGAUGCUGUGAAUCCCAGACCGGGAACCCUCCGUCAUGCUGUCAUUCAGGACAGACCACUUUGGAUUGUCUUCAAGCGUGAUAUGGUCAUCACUCUCAAACAGGAGCUUAUUAUGAACAGUUUCAAGACUAUUGAUGGUCGCGGUGCUAAUGUUCAUAUUGCGAAUGGGGCUUGCAUCACUAUUCAGUACAUUACCAAUGUUAUCAUUCAUGGACUCCACAUCCAUGACUGUAAACCCACUGGAAAUGCUUUGGUUCGAAACUCCCCAUCUCACUACGGAUUUAGAUCAAUGGCUGAUGGUGAUGGUAUCUCUAUUUUCGGAUCAAGCCAUAUCUGGGUUGAUCACAACUCACUCUCCAACUGUGCUGAUGGUCUUGUUGAUGCUGUUAUGGCCUCCACUGCCAUCACUGUAUCUAACAAUUACUUCACUCACCACAAUGAGGUGAUGCUACUGGGUCAUGCCGACUCCUACAGCAGAGACAAGGUAAUGCAAGUAACCAUUGCAUUCAAUCAUUUUGGCGAAGGUCUCAUGCAAAGGAUGCCAAGGUGUAGACACGGUUACUUCCAUGUAGUGAACAAUGACUAUACUCACUGGGAAAUGUAUGCUAUCGGUGGAAGUGCAGACCCCACCAUCAACAGCCAAGGCAACCGAUUCAUUGCCCCAGCUAACCCUUUUGCCAAAGAGGUGACAAAGAGAGUCGAAACAGCUUCUGGUAGAUGGAGGCACUGGAACUGGAGAUCUGAAGGAGAUUUGCUACUGAAUGGAGCCUUUUUUACACCAUCAGGAAAAGGAGCCUCGGCCAGCUAUGCCAGAGCUUCAAGUCUUGGGGCCAAAUCUUCAUCCAUGGUUGCUACUAUUACUUCAGGUGCUGGUGCUCUUAAUUGCCGUAGGAGUACUCAGUGCUAGCACAAAAUUCCCAAGCACAAACACAAAAAACACCACAUAAGACCUAAAAACAAACACAUCUUUUUUUCUUAUUUAUCUAGAUUUUUUUCCCUUCAUUCUUCUUUACAUAGCAGCAGUAUCAAGUCAGUGAUCAGUACCCAGUAUCCAUCCAACCAUCUUCAUCCUGUGUUUUCAGUCCAUUUCCUUCCCUCACCCAGUCGUUUAUUCUUACACCUUUUGUUUCUAUACGAUACACCACCACAAAACUUGUUUCUCUUUAUUAUUGGCAAGUGUACAUUUUUUACACAUGUCUUCUGUGUCAUCUGUUAUCCCUGUCAAGGAAAUGCAAACCCAUAUCUACAUUUAUCUGUGUCAAUGGCUCAACCUCGGCUUGCUUCGUCUGCAAAAAACAACACCAUUCUUGAAGCGAGUGCAGAAGCGUUGUUCAUUUUGUUUCGUAAUUCCUGUUCGUUUUUAUUAUCCGUCUCUUCUGAUCACUCAACCAAGAACUUUACAGGUACAGAGUGAUGAUGAUAUUUAUCAUUCACUUUAAAUGUUUUAUUUUUUUAAAUUUUGAUUAAGGAAAAAGGGUUAGAUUUUUAAAUGUGGUCUUCCAUUUGAGCUAAGACAGCAAGCACCAUUGAUUUCCUAAUGUAAUUGAGAUUUAAAUUUAAUACUAUAUAUAGACUGUCAUAGUAGAACACCAUUAGCCA